AUGCACACAUCACGAAACGCCAUCUCUCCCAUCCACUCUCCCGACUCGAGCGCCCUCGCCAGCGAAGACGAUGGCAUGGACAGUGUGAGAAUAUCCCGACCGAAGAUUGGAAGUCGGAAAAGCAGUGGCACCAUGAUUGUCUCGCGAGACUCGGCCACCACGGUCGUCGACACGGAUCUGGAUGAGAACGACGUACGCACCAUGUCACCGCGGAGAAAUAGUGAAGAAGUGGACAAAUUGGGAGAGGAGGCGAGGAAAGACCUCAUUGAGCAGGCCAAGGUGCUGCAGAUGAGUCUGCAGGCCAUCGUCGACCGGGUGGAGGCGGUCAAGAGUGAGCACGAGAAGCUCGAAGGUGGAAACAAGUUCUUGCAAUCAUAUAUUGGCGAGCUGAUGCAAACCUCGAAAAUCACAUCGAGUGCACCUCCGAAAUCCAAAGGAAAAGGCCGCAGCGGCAAAUAG